GUUGAUCUCACGGAAUAGAGUUCACACAAUAUUGCCGACGCGGAUUGAUAAGAUUGAUUUGUCAAGAUCGUGGUGGCCCCAUAUUUCAGGCAUCCAUGGAAGCAAGCAUCCACGCAUUGCAUAUCACACAUCUGGUGAUCCUACCAAGAUGAUAAUUAUUAACGAGGCACACACCGACACACCGAAUGCACCGAACAGACCGAACACAGGACAUUUCUACCAUCCAUCACAAUCAGCCAUUACCAAGAACGAACUCCCAACACUUACUUCUCUAUUCUCAUUAAGCGCCCAAUCCCGCCGGAGCGACCGAAUAUAUCCAUAUGCAAGUCAAACCCCAAGUCAAACCCCCUCCCAAAAGAGACAACAAUACGAUAUCCGGCUCCCACCAUAUCCAUCUCUCUACCCAUCCCCCAAAGCUUUUGCGGAGGAAUCUCAUCUCGUCUCAUCUCAUCUCUACUACACCUACUGUACCCUCCCUCUCCUCCCUCCCCAGUCGGCAACUCCAGCAACUCCAGCAACUCCAGCAACUCCCCAUACAAGAUUCACAGCACAGCACUGCGCCGCCCCCAACCUCCCCCCUCCCCUCCCUUUUCCCCUUUGCCGCCCUUUCCCUUUCCCAAUCAUAAUCAUAAUCAUAAUCACAAUCUCAAUCUUAAUCUUAAUCUUCUCCCCAGGCAUCCAGACCCAGACUCAUAGACGGACGCUGCCUCUGGAUACACACCACCCCAUUCACAUCGAGCAUAUCACAUCAUAUUUACAUCCACAUCCACAUCCACAUCCAUAUUCACACCUAUUCACAUUCGUCCCCGUACUUAUUAUACCUGUCCCCCGUACAAUGCAAACGUCCACAUCCAUUCGUCUCUAAUCUCCCGACCGAUAAAAGCACGCAUAGAUUUGAAUUGUCUGGAAGACCUCGAGAACGAGUACGUCCCUUGGUCAAAGCCACAUCCAUCCAUCCACAAGACAAUGUGCAGAAUAAAUAAAUAAAUAAAUAAAUAAAUA